UGCGGAGGCCAAAUAGUGGGCCGUUGCGCGCGCGCCCUUCCGAGUCGGGCCAUCCCCACCCCAAUAGAUAUCUCGUGUCACCGCCAGCUCACACCAGUUCUCUCCUCCACUCCCACCACCUCCUCACGCGUCCCAGCCAUGGCCAUCGAAAAGAGCUUGCCCGGCCAGAAGGGUGUUAACUGGUCUAACAUUGCUGUCACGACACUGGGGCAACCUCUGGAGGUGCUCAAGACCCAGAUGGCGGCGAACCGGUCGCAAUCCAUGUUCCAAGCCGUCCAGACCGUAUGGAGUCGUGGAGGCGUACUGGGAUUCUACCAGGGUCUGAUUCCAUGGGCAUGGAUAGAGGCUUCGACGAAGGGUGCCGUUGAGAGCAAGGUGGUGGGCCUGGGCAUGAGCCCGGGAGCAGCUGGUCUGAUUGGCGGCAUGACGGGUGGUGUCGCGCAGGCGUAUGCGACCAUGGGUUUCUGCACAUGUAUGAAAACGGCGGAGAUUACGAGGCAUAAGCAGGCGGCAACGGGCGUUAAGCCGCCCUCAACUUGGGUCGUCUUCAUGGACAUCUACCGUCGGGAAGGUCUCAAGGGCAUCAACAAGGGUGUCAACGCUGUCGCCGUCCGGCAAAUGACGAACUGGGGAUCCCGGAUGGGUUUUGCGCGGCAAGGCGAGAAUGAGAAACUGACUGCUCUGGAGAAGAUCGCAUCCUCGUCAAUAGGUGGUGCUCUUGCCACAUGGAAUCAGCCGAUCGAGGUCGUACGAGUCGAGAUGCAAUCGAUGGCAAAGUCGGCCAGCGCGGAUCCUAAACGCCCCCAGAAAGCCACCAUCGUCAGCACUCUGCAGUACGUCUACAGGGAGAACGGCCUGAAGGGCCUCUAUCGUGGUGUCACUCCGCGUAUAGGUCUCGGCAUCUGGCAGACGGUGUGCAUGGUCUCGUUCGCGGACUACGUCAAAGUCUGGGUCAAAAGCAGGUAAAGGGUCUGCUGUUACCGUGGAUUGGAUUAGAGACAUCGGACGCCUGCUAGCAGGCGGACUCAGAUUUCGUCACGGAUUUAUUGCUACGAUACUUACUCACAUAUUCAUGCUUCAAUCAUUGCUUUCUGCGUGAGGAUACACUCUCGGAUGACUCUGAACCGCUCAUUCCCUGCUCAAUCACGUGCCGCGCUUCUCAAGUUCUGCCCACACGGGGUAAGAGAAGCGCAGGUAGGAGGCGUACUAUCUCUGUGAAACUAU